AUUUCCGGGGGAGUGCACAGUGGUUGCUGCGCAAACAUUUGCACUUUUUGUAAACAAGUGUAUAGCUACAUGCAGCUAUAGCUCUUACAGAUCUAUAUCUAAACGCGCCUACUCCCAUUUUUUGCGAUGUCUGAUGUGAAGAUUGAAUGCUGGACAAAAUGGCUGGAUACACACAGUGCAGCUAUAGUGGAAACAGACGACCUUGAAGCAGUGUUUGGAACUGAGAUAAACUUGCGUGAUUCCUAUGGAUGGACUGCGUCUCAUGGUAUUGCUGGAACUUCAGCCACUCUUAGAAUUGAAACAAUCACAAAAUUCUUCAGCUUUCUGAAGAAAAAAGGAUUAACCAAGCAGUUGUGCACACAAGAUAAUGAUGGAGACAUCCCUUUGCAGAGUGCAAUUCGCAGCGGAUCCUCAUCCGAUGUGAUUAAACUGAUUCUAAUGGUGGAUCCUAAUCAAACAAAAAAUACUCUUUGCUCUGAGAAUCGAAAGGGCAAGCAGCCACUUCUAACUGCUUUUGAACAGAAACACAAGGAUACUAUUGCGGUUAUUCUUAAUUUUUGCAUCGAAAACAAAGUACUGGGGCGUCUUACAGGAUUACAAGUUUCUGAAGGCAACACACUUCUUCACCGUGCUUUCAAACGUGGCUACAUUGAAUAUUUUGACGUUCUUUUGAAAGUAUGUAAAUCACAGAAUAUUUCUCCACAACAAGUGAUUAAAAGUCAUGAUAAAAAAGGUGAAACUCCAUGGUAUCACUUGGUUUUGCUAAAGGUCAAAAAGUUUAAGAAAGUGAUAGCAUUGCUUGUGGCCAACAACAUUGACGUGAAUGAAUUGUACACUGAUCCAAGCAAAAAGUCGACAAUGUUGCAUGAAGCGGUUCGUCGUAACAAGAGUGACUUUGUGACGAUACUGGAAAGUGGUGGUGCUAAAAAACAAAAGGAUUGUCAUGGCUCAUAUCCGAGUGACAGAAAUCGCUGCAUAGAUUCUCCUGAAACGCCUCGACGAAAGCCGAGUCUUCAUCCCACUAUUGUUCAUAAUGAACACCUAAUUGGGCUAAUGAUUCGUAACUCGUCAUCUAGCAGUCUUGCAUCGAUCACUGAGAAAAGAUCCUCUUCCCCAUUUCCUGAUGCUGUUAACGAGACCACCAACACCGUAGAUCAACACCAACCAACCAGUUCCCCAUCAUCUACUAGCCUUGCAUCCACGAGCUUCGAAAUCGAAUUCGAUUAUCCUGUACAGGUGUCUGAAACUAAUUCAUGUCCUGCUACCCAAGAGAGGGUACACACAGAAAACAACGAAGUAAUCCAAAACACUGAAGAGCAAAUACGACUCACACAUGAUUCAGAUGAGAAUGUUCCUCUUCAAGAUCCCAGUCUCUAUGAGAGCAACCAGCUACAUGAUGAUGCCAUGUCAUCUGAAUACAAACAGCAGGGGGGCCAUACUCGAGUCAAUCAGGAAGAAAGCCAAUUCCAAGAAAAUUAUGAGCCUGAUCAAGAAUGUUCAGCUCAAGACAUCCACAAGGAUUUUCGGCCAACACAAAGCACUCACGAGAACGACCAGCCUGUUCAAGACAAGCAUGAGACCAACCAACUGACACAAGGUGACCCUGAGGACAGUCACACCCAGUCAGCACGAAGAACACGUGAGAACGUUCAACCUGCUCAGGACAAUUUCCACAAGAACGACCCGCUGGAACAAGACAAGCACAGAAACAACCAAUUAAAAAAUGAAGAGCAUCAAGCAUAUGUCAAUCAAUCAGGAGAACCACCAACUUGAAACCAGCAUCCUUACCACCCCAAUUUUAUGAUAAAGCCGCUAAUAAUUAUACCAAUAUACAUGUGUUUGUGUCAUAGUAAAUAUUAACAUGCAGAGAUAA